AUGGGCCUGACUUGGUCGAACACAGCUGAUGGACGUCCGAGCACGGCGCUGCCAAUUGUGGGGUCAGGCGGGUACGAUGUCGGGUGUGCUGAUAUUAUGAUAGCAGCUGAAAGUGAGGACGAUGUUGGUAUGUUCGGCAGAGUAUUCUAUCCAGCAUCAAAGAGAAUUAACGUGGUAUGUUAUCUUAGUUUUGUAUUAUUAAUUUGUGAAUAUUGUAACUAAAACUGAAUUGAUAUCCAAUAAUUUUAGCACGAUGAAGGUGUAGAAUACCCAGUAUGGAGACCUAGAAGAGAGUAUCUGGACGGUCUGGCUGAUUACCGUGCCAUGAAUCCUCGCAAGAUCCACUUCUUCUUUGAUUGGGUCAUAGGAGAGCGGCGUGUCCCAGCCGGCUGGCACGAACCGCUGUUCACUUACACUUUGGAAAGAGAACGUGAUCACGCCGUCUCCAUCCACGGGUCCAAGUCUUCGGGUCAACUGUCAUCCGCGUCAACCGAGGAUCUGGAGAGCAGAAUCCAUCCGUCAAAGUCAGAUGCCAACCUUGUCAAUGACUGUGAUCCCAAGUAUCCGGUGCUCAUCUUCUCUCACGGUAUCAGCGGCAACAGACUAUGUUACAGUACGUACUGUUCGUCAUUGGCGUCGUACGGGUUCGUGGUUGUCGCUGUAGAACACAGGUGAGUUGUGUUUGGAUUUAAACAGUGUUGUCGUAUGAGUUGGGAUUUGGAAUGCGUAUUUUACAUAGUUUGGCAUUUUUAUGUUGCUCUUGGGCCUAUUUAAAUGUUUUUUAUCUUCAGAGACCGUUCCUCUUCAUGGACGUACUACUUAGAGACCGACCCAGUAUCUGGAGUUAUCAUUGAGAAACCCGUGACGAUAAUGCAAUAUCCAGAUGGCGAAAGUGACUUCAGAGCUAGAAACAAACAGGUAAGUAUUAUAUUAAUGUAGACAAGAUGUUUUUCCUAUGUCAUUGAAAAAGUUAAAAAUAUGUACGAAACUGACUUUUUUGCGAAAUAUUGGUUUUUUAAGCUCAAAACCUGUAAUUAUAAUUAGUUUUGUAUUAAUUUUGUUAAUGUUGUUUAAAGAAAGUAAAAUUUUAUGUUUUAGUUGCACAAGCGAGUGGCGGAGUGCGUAAGAGCAUUAAAUGUGAUGGAGGAGCUUAACCUGGGCACGUGUGGUCCAGCUGAUAAGAAGCCCAAGGGAAGUAAGAUUAUUUACGGACAAGGAUUCGACUGGUCGCAGUUCAAGGUACGUUAUACAGCUUUUCGAAUACUUCUUUAUAAAAAUUACUAUUAUUUUAAAAGUAUAAUUAUUUUAAAUCUUUUUCAUGUCAUAAGUAACACAAAGAGUUGACAUGUUGUGUUGCUUUUGUAAAAAACAUCAUAUAAUAUGUUAUUGUAAUGUAGCCUAAUGAUGUUAUUGUAGAACCGUCUCCUGAUCGAUCACGCCGCCGUAAUUGGCCACAGUUUUGGUGGAGCCGCGGCCUUGGCUGCCGCGGCCUUCUCCACCGACUUCCAGGCUUCGGUAUGUUGGGAUGGCUGGCUAUACCCACUGGAGCACGACCUGUACCCACGAAUCACCCAGAAGACGCUUCUGAUCAACGCCCAGAAGUGGCAGUGGGCGGAGAACGUGAAGCGAAUGAUGCGAUUGCCUGAGGCAGCUGAGAAGAUACUAUUCACACUUAAGUAAGUACAUUUAAAUAUUUUUGAAAGUGAUUAAGCUAGGCUUGUUCUGUUUAUGUGAUAAUGACUCGACUGUAAAAUGUCUGGUUAUGUCACUAAAACACAAGAAAAUAGGUAUGAAAACGUAAAUACCUGAACGCGAUAGCAUUUACAGAACUAACACGACACUAAUAUCUUGACAUGCACAUUUCCAGAAAAUUAAAUUUAUUAAUAGGUAUGGAAGUGGCUGUGAAUAUUAAAAACCUCCACACUAAAUGUAAAAAUAAAUGUCAGAAUAAAUAUAUAAGUCUAUGACAUGCUCAACAUACUUAAAGGUCAUAACUAUAAUAAUAUUACCUUGCAGAGACAUCGUACACCAAUCCUUCAGUGACUUCUCGUACCUCAUGCCUGGAUACGUCGGCCGAAAGUUCGCGUUACAAGGCGACCUUGACCCUACCCAUACCGGUGAAGCCAUCAUGGAGAUUACCGUAACUUAUCUCAGGAAAUGCUUCGAGAACAUUCCAGCAUUAGAGCACUUAAGAGAAGUCACCAAGAGGUAUGCUGACUUCGUAAUCGAGGGUACCGAUAUUACACUAGACGAAGACGGGAAGGAGCACAAGGUAGACGACAUUGUGCCUCCGGAACUGGACUCUGCCACCAAUUAA